AUGCAGGCAGUGGUCUUUGACGGCCCUUUCAACAUAGUUGUGAAAGAGAGACCAAAGCCAGUGAUUAUUGACCCGACAGAUGCCAUUCUCAAGGUUGAGAUUGCAGGUAUCUGUGGCAGCGAGCUGCACAUGUAUCGCGGUCACCAGGAGACCACCACUGGACACAUAAUGGGCCACGAAUUUGUCGGCGUUAUUGAGAGUGUUGGCUCUGGAGUCCAGCGCUUCAAAGUGGGUCAAAAAGUCAUGUCAAUCUUCUCGCCGAUGUGCAUGCAGUGUUGGUUUUGUCAACACGGGUACACGAAUCGAUGCGUCAAUGGCAUUCCAUUCGGAACCAAGUUAUUGGACGGAGGACAAUCGGAAUACGUUCGAGUACCAUAUGCAGAUAGCACGCUCGAGUUUAUACCCCCCGAGGUGCCGGACGAAAUGAUGAUCAUCAUGUGUGAUAUCUUUCCCACUGGGUAUUAUGGUGCUAUGAAGGCCACGCUGGAGGAAUCGGUGAUCGUCUGUCUGGGAUGUGGGCCCGUCGGUCUCUGUGCGGUUAUGACAGCAGUAGUGCUUGGAGUAGGCACUGUGUACGCCGUCGACUCAGUGGAGGACCGUUUGGAAGCAGCCCGCGAGAUGGGUGCGAAGACCCUGAAGCUGGGGACAGAUGAUAUCCCUGCGAUCAUCAAAUCCGUCACGGACGGCCGCGGUGCUGAUGCCAUUGUGGAGAGUGUUGGAAAUAAAUCCGGUAUGAGACUCGCAGUUGAUCUUGUUCGACCAUGCGGUGUGAUAUCCUCGAUUGGCUUCCACCAGUCAGACCUUCCGUACACUGGUCUUGAGGCGUACUCCAAGAAUCUCGACAUCAAUAUGGGACGCGCAGCUGUUCGCCCAGUCUUCGGUGAAUCGUUGAAGGUGUUUGCAGACAACCUGGAUAAAUUUUCGAGCUUCAUCACGCAUAGGAUUCCGCUAUCAGAGGCUCCAAAGGGCUAUGAGGUCUUUGAAAAACAUCAAGCCCGCAAGGUUAUCCUGCUCCUGUGA